UCAGGUCUUUUAAAUAACUUUGUUAAGUUUCAACUUGUAUUACCUUAGUUCAAUAAUAAUGUUAUCUGGUACGCAGAAAAACAAACUGUCCUAGUCGUGAAUAUUGUCUUUUGAAUCAUGGCAGACAUCAAUGCUUUGUCGCAAAUUUCGGAAAGAGUAAGAAUCCAUCGAAAAUUAGAGAAUUCUUUAGCUUCUACUGCAGACUUUCUGACUUUCAGUAAGGAAGUUAGUGAUGAAACUAGAGGGUCUGCGAACUGCAUCAAAGGAGUUGCCGAGUAUGCCAGAAAAAUAAAUGGAGAUCUUGUGAAACUUAAAGAGCUCAUCAAGGAAUUCGAGAUUCAGAUUGGCGAGAAAAUGAAAAAGCUAUGCGAUUCUGGGUUUGUUGUCGGGUUGACAUCUACAACAGAUGCUACUUAUACAAGACCUUUACAAAG